AUUCCUUCCCUCGCUCUCCCUUCUCUUCACGGUUUUAGCAAAACCAAAAUAACUCUCUCCUCCAAACAGAAACAGCCUCCUCCUCCUCCUCUGUAUACCGGCAAUGGAGCGGGCGAGGCGGCUGGCGAACCGCGCAAUUCUGAAGCGCUUGGUAAGCGAUUCCAAGCCAAACAAGCACUGCCGCAACAGCCGCCGCAACGACCCUCCGGCCGCCGCUUCUUCGUCGUCCUCUCUCCUCAACUCGUACUCCUCUUCCCCUGUUCUGUACACUCCUUCGCGCUAUGUCUCCUCAUCGGCGUCCUCCUCCUAUUCCCCACCAAAGAUUCACAGGUCUGGCCUGUUUGUCGGAGCCAGAAAUGCCGCACCGCACAACCCCGCCGCCGGCGUUCGAUUCGUUUCCGUCGAUGCUCUGAAAUCCAGUGACACUUUCCCCCGCCGCCACAACUCAGCCACUCCGGAGGAGCAGUCCAAAAUGGCGGAGGUAUGUGGAUUCGAAAGCCUCGACGCCUUGAUCGACGCCACCGUCCCUAAAUCUAUUAGGCUCGACUCGAUGAGCUUCUCUAAGUUCGACGGAGGUCUCACCGAGAGCCAAAUGAUUGAGCACAUGCAAUAUUUGGCAUCGAAGAACAAGGUUUUCAAGUCGUUUAUCGGGAUGGGAUACUACAACACUCACGUUCCUCCGGUGAUUCUGAGGAACAUAAUGGAGAAUCCGGCUUGGUACACGCAGUACACGCCGUACCAGGCUGAGAUUUCCCAGGGGAGGCUGGAGUCUCUGCUUAACUACCAGACCAUGAUUUCAGAUCUCACAGGCCUUCCUAUGUCCAACGCUUCGUUGCUCGAUGAAGGGACUGCAGCUGCCGAGGCAAUGGCUAUGUGCAAUAACAUUCUCAAGGGCAAGAAGAAGACCUUCAUCAUCGCUAGCAACUGUCAUCCACAGACCAUUGAUAUCUGUAAAACUAGAGCAGCUGGGUUUGAUAUCAACGUGGUCACUGCGGACCUCAAGGACAUCGAUUACAAGUCUGGGGAUGUUUGUGGUGUGCUGGUUCAGUAUCCUGGAACUGAGGGUGAAGUUCUGGACUACGAGGGCUUUGUUAAGAACGCUCAUGCUAAUUCAGUGAAGGUUGUCAUGGCAACCGACUUGUUGGCAUUGACUGUGUUGAAGCCUCCUGGUGAAUUGGGGGCAGAUAUCGUUGUUGGUUCCGCUCAGAGGUUUGGGGUUCCCAUGGGGUAUGGAGGUCCUCAUGCGGCCUUCUUGGCUACUUCACAGGAGUACAAGAGGCUGAUGCCUGGAAGAAUUAUUGGUGUGAGUGUCGAUUCGUCGGGAAAGACUGCUCUGCGCAUGGCAAUGCAAACUAGGGAGCAGCAUAUCCGCAGGGACAAGGCUACCAGCAACAUAUGUACAGCUCAAGCAUUACUUGCAAACAUGGCUGCCAUGUUUGCAGUCUAUCAUGGACCUAAAGGUCUUAAAGCGAUUGCUGACAGGGUCCAUGGCCUUGCUGGAGCUCUUGCCUUGGGAUUGACGAAACUAGGUGUUGAAGUUCAGAACCUUCCCUUCUUUGACACUGUCAAGAUCAAGUGUGCUGAUGCACAUGCAAUUGCUGAUGCCGCUUCCAAAAAUGGGAUGAAUUUGAGAGUUGUAGAUGCAAACACUAUCACCGCUGCAUUUGAUGAAACAACAACAUUGGAAGAUGUAGAUAAACUCUUCAGCAUUUUUGCUGGUGGCAAAGCUGUACCUUUCACUGCCGAAUCUCUGGCUCCAGAGGUGAAGAAUGUGAUUCCGUCUAAGCUGACAAGAGAGAGCCCAUAUCUUACUCAUUCCAUCUUUAACAUGUACCAUACCGAACACGAAUUGCUCAGAUAUAUACACAGGUUGCAGUCAAAAGACCUCUCAUUGUGCCACAGCAUGAUUCCAUUGGGAUCAUGUACAAUGAAAUUGAAUGCAACAACUGAGAUGAUGCCAGUGACAUGGCCUGCCUUCACUGAUAUUCAUCCCUUUGCACCUGCAGAGCAGGCUCAAGGAUAUCAGGAAAUGUUCAACAACUUAGGCGACCUGCUAUGUACCAUCACUGGAUUCGAUUCUUUCUCAUUGCAACCAAAUGCUGGUGCUUCAGGAGAAUAUGCUGGACUAAUGGUGAUUCGUGCAUAUCACAUGGCGAGAGGGGAUCACCACCGUAAUGUCUGCAUCAUUCCUGUUUCAGCGCAUGGCACCAAUCCUGCAAGUGCUGCCAUGUGUGGAAUGAAAAUUGUUGCUGUUGGAACUGAUGCCAAGGGAAACAUCAACAUAGAAGAGCUCAGGCAGGCUGCUGAAGCAAAUAAGGAUAACCUUUCUGCACUCAUGGUUACUUAUCCAUCAACUCAUGGAGUUUAUGAAGAAGGUAUUGAUGAAAUCUGUAAGAUUAUUCAUGACAAUGGAGGUCAAGUAUACAUGGAUGGGGCUAACAUGAAUGCUCAGGUGGGACUGACAAGUCCUGGUUUCAUUGGAGCUGAUGUCUGCCAUCUUAACCUUCACAAAACAUUCUGCAUUCCACAUGGAGGUGGUGGUCCUGGAAUGGGCCCAAUUGGUGUGAAGAAGCAUUUGGCACCAUUUUUACCUUCGCAUCCUGUGGUACCUACUGGAGGCAUACCGGCUCCUGAAGAGUCCCAACCGCUUGGCACCAUUUCUGCUGCACCUUGGGGAUCUGCACUUAUCUUGCCAAUAUCUUAUACUUACAUUGCGAUGAUGGGAUCUCAGGGACUCACUGAUGCUUCAAAGAUUGCCAUCUUGAAUGCAAACUAUAUGGCAAAGCGUCUGGAGAACUACUAUCCCGUUCUUUUCCGCGGUGUCAAUGGAACAUGUGCUCAUGAGUUCAUCGUGGAUUUGAGAGGUUUUAAGAAUACCGCCGGAAUUGAGGCUGAAGAUGUUGCCAAACGUCUCAUGGACUAUGGAUUCCAUGGGCCUACAAUGUCAUGGCCAGUUCCUGGGACACUUAUGAUUGAACCUACUGAAAGUGAGAGCAAGGCUGAAUUGGACAGAUUCUGUGAUGCCCUUAUUUCUAUCAGGGAAGAAAUUGCAGAGAUUGAAAAUGGAAAGGCUGAUAUCCACAACAAUGUCCUCAAGGGGGCUCCUCAUCCGCCAUCUUUGCUCAUGGGUGAUACCUGGACGAAACCCUAUUCCAGGGAAUACGCAGCAUUCCCUGCUUCAUGGCUGCGCACUGCCAAGUUCUGGCCUACAACAGGGCGCGUUGACAAUGUCUAUGGUGACCGCAACCUCAUCUGCACACUUCUCUCAGUAUCCCAGAUGGCUGACGAACCCGCAGCAGCUACCGCUUAAUCUGUCAUUCAUGCUUCACCAACAUCAAGCUUGAUGGAAGAGAAGUUCCCUUUGGUGGUUGUAUAUAAAAGUUAGCUCAUCACUGGAUGCAGCUCGUGUGACAUACAUUUACAAGAAACAUAAUUUUCCACGUCGAGAGAAGGAAACAGGAAAAUUAGAUGCUUAUGGUCACGCUGAUGCUCCUCUUUAAUGACAUUUCGUUGCUUAAAUGCAACUAAACUGCUGUACAUCAUUUCUAGCUUCUAUUUCCCUUUCAAUCUAUUUCUCUUGGUGUCUAUUCAAUAUCUUGUCCUAGAUAAAGCGAUUCACUUUCAUGCAAUAAAUUUUACUCAUUUUCAAA